AUGGCUCCUGUCGGUUCAGGGCUUUGGCGCACAUUGCGCGCUCAUCAGGUUUAUGGUGCUAAUACCGAUGUUGGCAAGACUAUCGUCUCGACAGUUUUGUGUAAUGCCGUCCAGAGACAGAAGCAGCGGGCCGCGUUCCUGAAGCCUGUGUCUACGGGAGCAUUGGAUGAUGCCGAUGAUCGGCAUAUAGAAAGGUACGGAGCUGGAGCAUUGACCAAGUGCUUGUAUCAGUUCGAUGAACCGGUCAGCCCGCAUCUCGCGGCGAAAUCGAAGACUAUUCCACGGGAUGAUGAUCUCCUAGCAUCUAUACAUAAGACGCUGUCUGGUUGGGCACGGUCGGACAUUGACUUUGCGUUGGUCGAGACCGCCGGCGGCGUGCAUUCUCCCGGCCCCAAUGGCAAUUCUCAAGCAGACCUCUAUCGCCCCCUUCGAUUGCCCAUUGUCCUUGUCGCAGACUCUCGACUAGGUGGUAUUUCCUCGUCGAUAUCCGCAUAUGAGUCUCUGUUGAUCCGUGGAUACGAUGUUCAAUCUGUGUUAUUGUUCCGCGAUGAGUAUUAUCAGAACCAUGAGUAUCUCGGCGAUUACUUCCGCAAUAAAAGCAUACCUUUGGUGCAUCUGCCAGUUCCACCUGCGAAGCCGUUGCAGUCGGACCCCGAUGCUCAAAAAAGGGACGAAGAAGCAAUGCUUACAUACUACGGUCAGGCCUCCCAGGAGUCAGAGAUCCUGCGUCUCCUCGAGGAAAUGACCAUCAAAAACAAACAGCGGAUUGAGAGGCUGGAAGAAAUGACCGACCGCGCACAAGACCUGAUUUGGUAUCCCUUUACUCAACAUCAAGGAAUGCAAGCCAAGGAUAUCACGGUCAUUGAUUCUGCCCACGACGACUAUUUCCAUACCUUUGGUUCCAGUGGCACUGCCAACCGAGAUGGCGAGCUCCAGCCAACCUUUGAUGGUUCCGCAUCUUGGUGGACCCAGGGACUGGGUCAUGGAAACCCCGAGCUAUCCCUCUCAGCGGCCUAUGCAGCUGGCCGAUACGGUCAUGUCAUGUUUGCCGGCACCGUUCAUGAGCCAGCGCUUUCCCUUGCAGAAAACCUGUUGAAGACUCUCGAUAAUCCACGCUUCAGCAAGGUAUUCUAUACCGAUAACGGUAGCACUGGAAUGGAAGUUGCUAUCAAGAUGGGUCUCCGGGCUGCGUGCGAUAGAUAUGGCUGGGAUGCCAGCCAAGAGAAAAUUAACAUUCUUGGCCUUAAAGGCAGCUAUCACGGUGAUACUAUCGGCGUGAUGGACUGUUCUGAGCCAUCAACCUACAAUAAAAAGGUCGAGUGGUACCGCGGUCGCGGUCAUUGGUUCGACUUCCCUCUGGUUAAAAUGGUUGAUGGUAAAUGGAAAGUGGAAGUUCCCGCCGAGCUUCAACAAGACCUGGGCUCCGAUGCAGAAUUCAGUUCUUUAGGAUCCGUAUUUGAUCUGAACAGCCGACUUGACUCCGAUGCUAGUCAGCGCUACAGAAAGUACAUCCACCGCACGAUCAAGGAUCUCGUGGAAACCCACGGAAUGAAGUUCGGUGCUCUCAUUUUGGAGCCCGUCAUCCUUGGUGCUGGUGGAAUGCUUUUCUGUGAUCCCCUUUUCCAGCGAUGCCUAACCGACGUCGUCCGUGAGCAUCCAGAGCUUUUCUCCCCCAACGCAACACCUGCCAAGGCCUCUCCAUCCUGGUCCGGCCUACCAGUGGUCUUCGACGAAGUGUUCACUGGACUCUACAGACUCGGUCGCCCUACAUCUGCGUCCUUCCUUGACGUAUACCCUGACAUUGCUGUGAACGCGAAGCUCCUCACUGGUGGUCUCAUUCCCCUCUGCACAACAGUCGCAAGCAAAGAAAUCUUCGACACAUUUUCCAGCCCUGAGAAGAGUGACGCACUUCUUCACGGUCACAGUUACACAGCUCAUGCUUCAGGUUGCACGGUUGCUGUUGAUUCGCUGCGGGCGAUGUCUAAAAUGGACAAAGAUGGGUCCUGGGAUGGAUACCGUGCAGAUUGGCAGAAUACUUCUUCCACGUCAUCCACUGCUUCUACCCCAGAAGUCUGGAGUGUCUGGUCGAAUGGCCUCCUGCAGGACCUUUCCUGCGCGGAGCCUGUAGAAAGUGUUUUCGCUAUCGGAACCGUAUUGAGUAUUUCCUUACGCGAUGCACAAGGUGGUGGCUAUACUUCCACCGCUGCGAAGGGCUUACAGCAGAAGCUCGCCGCCGGUGGAAAUCAAUUCAACGUUCAUUCUCGGGUAUUAGGAAAUGUGUUAUACUUGAUGUCUAGCGUCACCUCCAAGCCCGAGUCAUUGCAGGAGUUGGAGAGCCUCCUUCGAUCUGCACUUCUGUGA